UGUCUCUUAGCAACAGUGCGGACGCUGUGUAGUGGGGCGGCUUUUUUCGCCUGAGAGGAAACGCCGAGUUUUUCCACAGUUAAAAGUUCUGCUAAGAGUCCAGCCAAUGUCGAAGUUAACCAAAAAGAAGGAGCUGGUGAAAAGUAACAACGUUCUCCAGACGGGGCUCCCUACUAAAGACCUUUGGUUGCUUUCUGGGUCAGCAUCCGUUUUGAACCCUCAAGGUGCUUCACUUGAGGCAAGGAGGGCGAGAUUUCCUAUCUGGCCUGAAUGGAAUGAAGCAGAUAUCAAUGCAGAAAAGUGGGAUGCAGGGAAAGGUGGAAAGGAAAAGGAUAAAACUGGAAAAAGUCCUAUUUUGCAUGUCUUUGAAGAUCCAGAAGGAAAAAUUGAACUUCCUCCUUCUUUAAAAGUGAGUUCCUGGAAAAGGCCACAAGAAAUUUUAACCAAUAAGGUGCCUGUGGUGGUGAAAAAUGAAAGUUGGUUUGAUCUCUUUUCAGCCAAUGAACAUUUAAUGGGCAGUGAGUUGAUGAGAUGGAUAAUAACUGAAAUUCAUGCACUUUGGAAAAUAUAUAAUGCUGCAGUUUUAAGUGCCGAAGCUAAAGCUAAUGCCAGUGAAGCACCUAUGCUUUUGUGGAAGCCAUGGGAACAUAUAUAUUCAUUAUGCAAAGCUAUCAAGGGACACAUGCCACUGUACAAUAGCUAUGGAAAAUACAUUGUAAAAUUGUAUUGGAUGGGGUGUUGGCGAAAGAUCAUUGUGGAUGAUGCAAUACCUUGCAAUGAAGACAAUUCUAUGCUGCUGCCAGCUACAACGUGUGAAAUUGAACUGUGGCCAUUAAUAUUAUCCAAAGCCAUCAUUAAAUUAGCAAAUACUGAUAUACAUGAAGAUGGAAAAAGAGAACUAGGGGAAUUUACAGUUCUACAUGCACUAACUGGAUGGAUACCAGAAAUUAUUCCACUUCAGUCUGGUUAUUUGGAUAAAGUUUGGGAUUUCUUAAGAGAAAUAUUGCCAGAGUUUAAGUUACCAGAAGAAUCUGUCCCUGAACCUAAAACAUCACUUCAGGAUUCAAAAAAAGAUAUAAAAGUUUCUGAGAUUAAAAAUGAUACCAUACCUACUAUUAAGCAACCAGAAAAAGCUGAAAAAACUGGCAAAGAAAGAGCAGAUCAAAGAGAAGUUGGAAAGAAGAGAAGCAAAGAUGGUGAAAAAGAAAAACUUAGGCCAGGGCAGCUUCAUUCUGGACGAAUGUCUGCUGACUUUGCAAGUUCUCUUCAGAUGUUUGUUGAUGGUCUGUCAGUACCAUUGCAGCCACAGAUGGUGGCAUAUGCCUGCUAUUUGCCACUUUAUGUAUCUGAAAAUAAAAUCUUCACAUUAGGGAAAAUGGCGGACUCUUCUGAACAAUUAAGGCAGUAUGGUCUUUCCCACAUAUACAGCCAUCCUGCACUGCUAACCAGAACAAGAUCAUGUCCCCUCAUACCUCCUCCAAAACCACCACUUGUACCCCGUUGGAAACUUAUCCGCCAAAAAAAGGAAACUAUUGUGACAGAUGAACCCCAAGAACCUGUGAUCAAAAAGCCAGAGCAAUUUAUUGAGCUUUCUAGUCCUUUUCUGAACUUUAGGCUUUCCCCAGUACCUAUACCAAGUGAUACCCAUUUCCCACCAUCUACCUUCAAAAAAGGAUCUCUUCCGGCAUCCAGCCUCCCGUCCAUCACUGAAAGUGAUGAAAACAUAACUGAGAUAUAUUCAGAUUUGAAUCCCAUGAGCACAGAAGACAAUUCUCAGGAAUCUACUUUGCCACCACAGCAUACUGUUGAAGGAUCCACUAAAGGUGAAUCAACUGAAAAAAUAACUAGUGAAGCAGCCCAGAUGCCAGAAUCAGCAGAACCAGCUCUCAGCAGUCAAGUAGUAAACAAAUCUCUGGAAGAAAUUGAGGCAGAAAAAACCCCAAUUUCUAAGGAAAUAUGGAUGGACUAUGAAGAUUUUUGUGUUUGUUUUCAGAACCUGUACGUUUUCCACAAACCAAAUACUUAUGCCUACUCCUAUCAGAAGUCAGAUUUUAGAAUGCUAGAUGAUCGUGUCUUAUAUUAUUUAUGUGUGGAUAGUUUGAAGCCUACUGAUAUCCUGGUUAACUUUUCUGCAUUAGUACACUGGGGAGAUAUAGGAGCAGUUGCACAGAAAGAAGGUCAUUUUUUGCCGAAGGGAUUACUUACCGUUGAAAGUUUCUCUUGGAAGAAUCUGGCUCCAGGACAAUUAAUCCUAAAGAUUCAUACAUAUGCUGCUAAAGCUGCUGUGAUAAGUCUUCCUGCUGGGCGCCAUGUGUUGCUCUUCACUGUAAGCUCCCCCAUAGGGCACCAUAUCCAUCUGUGUAGUAUGGUACCAUGUGUGUUUGGUGAAGAGGAUAUUGUUCUUCCAAACCUUGAGAAGGAGAGCUUCCGCUUCAUGGAACAAGCUUCAGCUAUUAUGAAAGCCAUCGGAACUGUGCUGAUUAGUUUUGGAAAUGCAGAAAACCUUCCCAAAGCCAUGAAGGCUCUGGAAUUAACACACUGUCCUCCUGGCCUCAGUGGCACGGGAGUAGCUAGAGAACACUUCAAGGCUUUCAAUAAUGCUUUUUGGCAUUUGAUGAAACAAGUAUCAGGAAAUAUUUCUCCCAGUUAUGAAUUUGCUUACAAAAGUUUUACUUUGGAUUUUAAACACAGUGAUGUGUCUGUUGAAGACACUGAAUCCUCAGUGAUGACAGAGGUCAAUGUUCCUCUUUGGCAGAACAAAGAUCCCACACCACAAGAAGAGGAAGCUGCACUUAAACUGCAAGCUGCCUGGAGAGGCACUUAUGUCAGGCUGUUAAUGGAUGGCAGAAGACCAGGUACCAAGGCGAAUGCUAAAGUCAAAGACACACUUCAGAAGUUAUGGGCUCUAAUUGAACCUAAUUUUGAACAAUGUUCUUUAACAUUUUUGAGAGAUAUAUUCAAAAGUAAAUGUAAGUCAGUAGAAAAAUAUCGUUGCUAUGAAGAUGAGUGGACUAAGACUUGUUUUGCUGAUUAUACAGUAACAUAUGGGGACCAGCCACCAAAUUUUUGGUUUGUGGUUUUCAGGGAAGUGUUUUAUGUUCCAGAAGAUAUGUUCAUAGUGCCAAAGGUUUAUUCAACCAUACCCACCUGUGUACUGCAUGUUGUAGACAAUGACACAUUGGAAGAACUGCCUCGGAUCUUUCUUAGGGUUGUACCACAUCUUUACACAAAAAAUAAGAAAGGGUAUACUUUCAUGGCUGAAAUUCAAACUGGUGAAUCACCUGUCAUGGCUGGAAAAUGGAGGCUGCGGCUCAUAGGUUCCUACAGUCCUCUUCCACUUCUCGCCCGUGAGACUGUAAACAAUUUAUUUUCCAUUAAAGAAGUUAAAGACUAUUAUGUACCAAAUGAUAAGCAUAUAAUAUUCAGGUAUGCAGUAAAAGUUACAACACCACUUAUUGCUACUGUACAAGUGCAGACGUCGAAAUCAGACACGAUAAUUAAACUACAGGUUCUGGAUUCCGAGGAAGAAAUGGUAAACACUAUUGGAAAGGGUCAUGCUGUCAUUCCUGCAUUUCAUUUCAUAUCUGUGGAGAGGCCUUUAAGUAGUUUGUCAACAGCGGGUAAAGGUGGUACGGUCCAGAGUGCCCCCAAAAAGGACCCCGAAGUUGCAGUCCCUAAGAAAAAGGGUACUGUUGCAGCUCAAAAGAAUGUUAAGUCUUCAGUGAAGAUGUCACAGGAUGGCCCAGUUUCAACAGAAGAAGAAACUGUAACCAUGCCUGCCACUGAGGAGAAUGUAGUUCAACAGCCUCACAAGUAUAUUAUACAAGCCUCCGUUUUGUAUAAUAGUUGGCCACUCAAUGAGAGUCAGUUAAUAUUCGUUCAGGCACUGAAAGAAUUAGAAAAGAAUGAAAUCAAAGCUCAUCCUGUUGAGAAACAUGAAGAGAAUGUAUUGGUUCUGAGUCCGGAUAUUCACAGCAAUUUGGAAGGGCAAAAAUCUGCAGGCUCUUCAAAAACCACGAGAAAAACAAAGGAAAAAACAGCUGAAAAGGCAGAAAAAACUGCUAAAGAAAAACCUCCCUCUGCUGUUAGACCAGAAUCACAACAAUCUGAUCCAAACAAGCCCUACUGGAUCUUGCGCCUAGUUAUUGAACAAAAUGAGAUAGAAGCACUGGAUCUGAGGAAAGACACUGAGAGAGCAGAUGAGAUCAAAGCUAUGAAGCAAGCUUGGGAGGCAGCAGAACCAGGAAGAGCUGUCAAGGCUGCUCAGGAGCGUGUGCAGUUUAUUAAUAAAUUGAUGAGGAAAGGUUUGCUUGAGUCUGAGGCUGAAAGUGUCAGCACUCCAGUGGGUUCCGGAGGAACAGGCCCAGCUUCUCCUGUUUCUGAACAAAUGGUGUCCCCUCCAGUUGCUACUGAAACAAACUUAGCACCUCAACGGAAGGAAUGGGAGCCUCUGGACCUUACCCCUUAUAUUAGAAAAACACUGCCCGAGCCUGUGCUGAAGAAUGAGUCUAUUAUUCGCGAGCAAGAGAUGCGUAAGACAGAAGAAAUAAAUCUCUUUCGACAAUUUCGAGAGCUGGUUCUGGAACACAGACAGCAGGAACUGAUGGCUAGGAAUCAAUUGAAGCAAAAUGUUCUUGAAAUGUAUGAAGACCUACAAGCAUCCUUAGAUGAAGCACGAGGCAGGGUUCUCAGUGUCCGGGAAGCAUACAGAGCUAAGCUACUAGAAGCCGAACGCUUAAGGCAAGAAGCACUAGCAGCUGAAGAAGCUGCCCUUCGAGCAGAACAAGAGAAGAAAACGCCAGAUGUGCAGAAAAAAAAGGGAGGAAAAGGUAAAGGGAAGAAAAAAUGAUACAUCUGAAAGAGCAACUCUACAAAUGACCUUACUGUUCAGAAAUGAGUAUCUUUUUUUACAGUAUUGUUCAGAAUCGAUAUCUGCAGCAUUGGAUGAUACAAUUCUUUUUCAAAGUGUUGUUUCGAAGUCCAUUUAGAUAUGCCUCAUCCUUAUUAGCAUGAUGUCACUGACUUUAAA